UCGGUAAAUCAAGUCAAUCUAUCUUUUGGUUUGUGUGCAGAGAGCCGUUCGGCUUUAUGUAAAUUGAAAAAAUAUUAAAAGGACUCUUUCGCUGCCACGGAUGACACAGCUAUAAUGGAUGUUUUUCACGAAAGUAUCGUUCACAACAGAUUUUGAUUAAAAAAAGGAACAUUUGACGUUUGUUAGCUAGCGUUAGUUCUCGCUGCAGUUCUAUGGUGUUACCUCCGUGAGUCUUCAAAGGCGGACAGACAAGGAAUCUUGCAGUGUGACAGUCCUAAACCACAGACAUGUCUGGGGCGUCUGUGAAAGUCGCGGUUCGAGUUCGGCCCUUCAACUCCAGGGAAAUUAGCAAAGAAUCAAAAUGUAUCAUUCAGAUGCAAGGCAACACUACAACUAUUCUCAACCCAAAAGCCUCAAAGGAGCCAGCAAAGAUCUUCAGUUUUGAUUACUCAUACUGGUCACACACUACAGCGGAUGACCCCAGCUUUGCGUCACAGAACCUUGUAUACAAUGACAUUGGAAAGGAAAUGCUUGCACAUGCCUUUGAGGGCUACAACGUCUGCAUCUUUGCUUAUGGCCAGACAGGAGCUGGCAAAUCCUACACUAUGAUGGGCAAGCAGGAGGAGGGCCAGGAAGGCAUAAUUCCCAUGCUUUGUGAAGAUCUAUUUGAGAAAAUCAAUGAGGACAGCAACAAAGAGGAGCUCUCCUACUCUGUGGAGGUCAGUUACAUGGAGAUCUACUGUGAGCGGGUUAGAGACUUGCUCAAUCCAAAAAACAAAGGAAACCUACGAGUGCGAGAACACCCUUUACUGGGCCCUUACGUGGAGGACCUGUCCAAGCUAGCUGUCACCUCCUAUACAGAUAUUGCUGACCUAAUGGAUGCAGGCAACAAGGCCAGAACUGUAGCUGCCACCAACAUGAAUGAGACCAGCAGCAGAUCACAUGCUGUUUUCACAAUCGUCUUUACACAGAGGAAACACGACAGCGAGACAGACCUCUCCACAGAAAAGGUCAGCAAAAUUAGUUUGGUAGACUUGGCAGGGAGUGAACGAGCAGAUUCCACUGGCGCCAAAGGUACCAGGCUAAAGGAGGGAGCAAACAUAAACAAAUCUCUGACCACACUAGGCAAGGUCAUAUCUGCCUUGGCCGAAGUGGAUAACUGUACCAGCAAGAGCAAGAAGAAGAAAAAGACAGACUUCAUCCCAUACAGAGAUUCUGUUCUGACGUGGCUCCUGAGAGAGAAUCUUGGUGGAAAUUCUAGAACAGCUAUGGUAGCUGCGCUUAGUCCGGCAGACAUAAACUAUGAUGAAACUCUCAGCACACUUCGUUACGCUGACCGAGCCAAGAAUAUCAAAUGCAAUGCUGUCAUCAAUGAAGAUCCCAACAAUAAACUGGUGCGCGAGUUGAAGGAUGAAGUUGCUCGUCUGAAGGAACUGCUCCGUGCUCAGGGACUGGGCGACAUCCUGGACAUUGAGCCUAUGGGAGAUGAUUUCCCAAGAAGUGGAAGCAAAUACCUCAAAGACAUUCAGAACAAUAAGAAUAGAUACUUGGUAGCUUCAGAGAACCAACGCCCUGGCCAUUUCUCCACAGCCCCUAUCGGUUCCCUGACAGCCUCUCCAUCCUCUAACACACUGUGCAGCCAGGGGGGCCUACCAUCAGUCACCAGCAUCCAGGAGCGCAUCAUGUCCACCCCCGGAGGCGAGGAGGCUAUUGAAAGACUCAAGGAAUCAGAAAAGAUCAUUGCCGAACUCAAUGAAACCUGGGAAGAGAAACUGCGAAAGACGGAGGCUAUCCGCAUGGAGAGGGAGGCCUUGCUUGCAGAAAUGGGUGUGGCAAUCCGUGAAGAUGGAGGCACUCUGGGCGUGUUCUCGCCUAAAAAGACGCCACACCUGGUUAACCUGAAUGAGGAUCCACUUAUGUCAGAGUGUCUGCUCUACUAUAUCAAAGAUGGCAUUACAAGGGUAGGUCAGGCGGAUGCUGAAAGGAGACAGGACAUUGUUUUAAGUGGAGCUCAUAUCAGGGAAGAGCAUUGUGUCUUCUGCAGUGAGAGAAAUGUCAAUGGAGAUGUGAUUGUCAUGCUGGUACCCUGUGAAGGAUCAGAAACCUAUGUCAAUGGCAAGCGUGUUGAAGAUGCAAUCCAACUUCGUUCAGGAAACCGCAUCAUUAUGGGUAAGAACCAUGUGUUUCGGUUCAACCACCCGGAACAGGCCAGGGCUGAAAGAGAAAAGACACCAUCAGCUGAAACCCCAGUGGAGCCAGUGGACUGGACGUUUGCCCAGAGAGAACUUCUGGAGAAGCAGGGCAUCGACAUGAAGCAAGAGAUGGAGAAAAGGUUGACAGAGAUGGAAAUCUUGUACAAAAAGGAGAAGGAAGAGGCAGAUCAACUUCUGGAACAACAGAGACUGGUUUACGAGAGCAAGUUGCAGGAACUUCAGAAACAGGUGGAAACGCGUUCGCUAAUAGCUGAAACACCUGAUGAAGAUGAAGUGGAAGAGGAGGAGGAAGAGGAAGACCUUCAACUCCUCUUGGGAUUGCCAUGGACUCAGCAUGAGUUUGAGCUGGCUCAGUGGGCCUUCAGGAAGUGGAGGUACCAUCAGUUCACCUCCCUGCGUGACCAGCUGUGGGGAAACGCCGUUUAUCUGAAGGAGGCCAACGCCAUAAGUGUGGAGCUCAAGAAAAAGGUCCAGUUCCAGUUUGUGUUGCUAACAGAUACGCUGUACUCGCCGCUUCCUCCUGAGCUGCUGCCCACAAACCCGGAGAAAGACCGUGACCCUCGGCCUUUUCCACGUACUGUGGUGGCUGUAGAGGUCCAAGAUCUUAAGAAUGGAGCCACUCACUACUGGUCCCUUGAUAAACUGAAGCAGAGGCUGGACCAAAUGAGGGAGAUGUAUGACCGCGCUGGGGAGAUGACUUCCACACAUCAGGAGGACAGUGAGGGUACUAUGACAGGAAAUGACCCUUUCUACGACCGCUUCCACUGGUUUAAACUAGUUGGGAGCUCCCCCAUCUUCCAUGGCUGUGUUAAUGAGCACCUGGCCGACCGCACGCCUUCGCCUACUUUCUCCACCAGUGACUCAGAGAUCACCGAGCUGGCGGAUGAACGCCACAGUGAGAUGUCUGACUUGAUUGAUGACGAGGCAUUUGUGGACGACACCAGCUCUGACGCCGGCACUGAGGAGGGCUCGGACAUCUUCAGCGAUGGCCAGGAUCCCUUCUACGACCGCUCCCCCUGGUUCAUCCUGGUGGGAAGAGCGUUUGUGUACUUGAGCAACCUGCUGUACCCUGUGCCACUUGUUCACCGUGUUGCCAUAGUAACAGAGAAGGGAGAGGUGCGAGGUUUUCUGCGUGUGGGGGUCCAGGCUAUAGCUGCUGAUGAGGAGGCCCCAGACUACGGCUCAGGAGUUAGACAGUCGGGAACCGCCAAGAUUUCAUUUGAUGACGAGUACUUCAAAAAGAGUGAUUUUCCCUCCACGGUUCUGACCCGCUCCGGCAUGUCCCUGGAAGAGCUGCGCAUUGUGGAAGGUCAGGGUCAGAGUUCAGAGGUCAUCACACCCUCAGAGGAGCUCAACAGAAUCAAUGAGAUGGACCUCAAAUUGGGUAACAUCAGCGAGACCAAGAUGAGUCGUUGCGACGAUUUGCCUGGCCAGCUGGAUGUGGGCAGCGUUUUCACAUUCCGCGUCACUGUGCUGCAGGCCAGUGGCGUCCCACCCGAGUACGCAGACAUCUUCUGCCAGUUCAAUUUCCUGCAUCGUCACGACGAGGCGUUUUCCACAGAGCCCCUGAAGAACGCUGGUAAAGGCUCUCCUCUGGGCUUUUACCACGUUCAGAAUAUUUCAGUUGAGGUGACGGAGUCGUUUAUCGAGUACAUCAAGAACAAGCCCAUUGUGUUUGAAGUGUUUGGUCACUACCAGCAGCACCCGCUGCAUUAUCAGGGUCAGGACCUGAUCAGUCCUCCAAUGCAAUCACGAAAAUACUAUCCUAUCCCCAUGCCCCUGUCCAAACCAGUUCCAGCCACCAAGCUGAACACCAUCACGAAGUCCAGCCUGGGUCAGUGUGUCAGCAAGUACGACCUGCUGGUCUGGUUCGAGAUCAGUGAGCUGGAACCUACUGGAGAGUACAUCCCUGCUGUGGUGGAUCACAGCGGAGGGCUGCCCUGCCAGGGCACCUACCUCCUGCACCAGGGGAUCCAGCGCCGGAUCACAGUGACUCUGAUCCAUGAGAAGGGGAGCGAGCUCCACUGGAAGGAUGUUCGUGAGCUGGUGAUGGGUCGCAUCAGGAACAAGGCCGAAGUGGACGAUGGUGCCGCUGACGGUGUCCUGUCCCUCAACAUCAUCUCAGCCAAGAACAUCAAGUCAUCACACAACACCAACAGGACAUUCUAUCGCUUUGAGGCGGUGUGGGACAGCUCCCUGCACAACUCUCUGCUGCUGAACAGAGUCACUCCUUACGGAGAGAAGAUCUACAUGACUCUGUCAGCGUACCUGGAGCUUGACCAUUGCAUCCAACCUGCCAUUAUUACCAAAGAUAUCUGCAUGAUCUUCUAUUCUCGAGAUGCAAAGAUCUCUCCUCCACGGUCCCUCAGGAACCUUUUUGGGAGCGGAUACUCCAAAACCCCAGACUGCAACCGAGUUACCGGCAUCUACGAGCUGAGCUUGUGUAAGAUGUCUGACACUGGAAGCCCAGGAAUGCAGCGGAGGAGGAGGAAGGUCCUGGACACAUCAGUAGCUUAUGUCCGAGGAGAGGAGAACCUGGCAGGCUGGAGGCCCAGAGGAGACAGUCUCAUCCUGGAGCACCAGUGGGAGUUGGAGAAGAUGGAGCAGCUGCAUGAGGUGGAGAAGACCCGCCACCUGCUGCUGCUGAGGGAGAAGCUGGGAGAAGCUGCACCGGUGGGGACGGUUCCUGCCACCAAGUCCCUGAGCGAGUUGGUGUCCCCCAGCAUGAGCUCGGGCACCCUGUCCACCUCCACCUCCAUCUCCUCACAGAUCUCCAGCACCACCUUUGAAAGUGCCAUCACGCCCAGCGAGAGCAGCGGCUACGACUCCGCCGACAUCGAGAGCCUGGUGGACCGCGAGAAAGAGCUGGCUUCCAAGUGCCUGCGUCUACUGACACACACCUUCAACAGUGAGUACAACCAGGUGUGCAGCAGCAUCAGCGACUGUAAGCUGUCUGACAUCUCGCCAAUUGGUCGUGAUCCAUCAGUGACGAGCUUAAGUAGUGCCACCCUGACACCGUCCUCCACCUGUCCCUCUCUGGCUGACUCUCGCUGUGGCUCUAUGGACCAGAAGACGCCAGAGAACAGUUCCCAGGCCUCCAGUCCCUCUUGCGCAGACUAUGAGAACUUCCCGAUCGUUCCUGCCUUGGAGAUCUCCUACUUAGCCCGGGCUGGAAAGAACGAGUUCCUUAACCUGGUCCCUGACAUUGAAGAAAUGAGACCGGGGUCGGUGGUGUCCAAGAAGGGUUUCCUGAGCUUCAUGGAACCACGCUCCAACUCGUGGGUGAAGCACUUUGUGGUUGUGCGUCGGCCGUAUGUCUUCAUCUACAACAACGACAAGGACCCAGUGGAGCGCGGUGUCAUCAACCUUUCCACAGCGCAGGUGGAAUACAGCGAAGACCAGCAGGCCAUGCUCAAGACUCCCAACACUUUUGCUGUGUGCACAAAACACAGAGGAAUCCUCUUGCAGGCCAACAACGAGAAGGACAUGAACGACUGGCUGUACGCUUUCAACCCACUGUUAGCAGGAACGAUAAGAUCAAAGCUGGCACGGAGGCGCAGCGGCCUGUUGAAGAACUGAAACGGCGCCUUCUGGACAACCUCUGAACUGUCCCAGUGUUAACACUUACUAAUCAUUGUGGUUCUUGACAGUUUUCUCUUGUAAGUAGACUUUGUGGCUUAAGUCUCUUCAUGCGACUAAAAAAAGUUUCAGUUCCAGAAAAAUUUGCCUCCAGCUUCUGCCACCUCAGCUUCUCUCCAUUCUCCUCUGCCGCACUUUUUCAACUUUUGUUUCCAUCAUCUGGAUCCGAUUUUGGAUUCGCUUGUCGUCGUUCUUCGACCCCCCC